AUGUACCUCAGCCAAGCUCCUUGCGCACGAAUGGACCCGCCGGACCGAACCGUGGAUAGCGGGGGUGGCGCCGUCUUCCAAGGCGACAUUACGGCAGGCAGGGACAUCACCAUCAACCAGAUCACCGAAAUACGGCAGGUCGCUGAACAUUUGAGCAGUCGUUGCAACGAAACAAACAACUCCCAUAAACUUCUCAGUAGCCUAGAGGCUUUGAGUGUAUUUGCGAAAUACACUGAAGACUAUGCAAAUACGCUCGACACCAGCGUGUUUUCCAGCGACCUACACUUUGGAAGAGUUUCAGAAGAAUGCGCUUCAAUACUACGAGAGCUCAAACUACUGGUAGAGACGCUAGAGCAAGGUGAACUUGGAGGAUACGAGCUUUCUCCAUCUUUUGGCGAAAAUGUUCUGGAUUUGCGGUCGAGGCUCACAAGUCUGCAAUCACAUCUUAACGUCGUCAGCAACCGCAAGACACAAAAGGACUACGAGACCAUCAAGGAGACGCUCACUCAGCUGGUGAAUAGCCUUCAAAAUACAGACAAGGCUUUUUCCAUUUACAGCUUUGUCACGGCACCAUUCAUUCGCAGCUUCCCUGCAGCUCCAUCCAUUCGUAGCUUUGUCACAGCUUCAUCCAUUGGUAGCUUCGUCACGGCUCCAUCUAUUCGCAGCUUUACUACGGCUCCAGAAAUUACCGAUGGCGAACAACAGGUCUGGUUAGAAAUAGAGAGAUCUCUACGAGCAGCAGGCUUUACUACAGAGUUCGUCGGAAACAACCGUCACCUCAUUGUAGCUGCAUUGGAGGAUACCUUCCUGGAGAAUACUGAUCCUUGGAUUGUCGAAGGAGCCAAAUCCAAAGUAUCGCCAUCCGGAUUUACAGCUCCAACAUUGCGUCUGUCUGAAGCUUACAAUAUCGCCGUCACUGAGACUGAAGGGGACGAGGAAACCAACGAUGGCGCAUCGCUGCGUUCAGUGUUAAACAGACUACUUAUCAGUAAGACUGCUCGAGACGAAGAACACAACGAUGUCGCAUCAGUCCGUUCAUUCCUCAGCAGCGAGGAACCCUUCACUAAGACCGAGAGAGAGGAGGAAUCCAACGAUGGCGCAUCUUUCCGUUCAGUGUACAACGAUACACUUUCUCAAGCAGACAAAUCGGGGACCAAAUGGUCGAGAUCAGUGGAGGGUGGAACAGGAGAAUGUCUACUCACCCUCGAGACGAUGAUUGCUUUCAAAUCGAUUCUAGAAGCAAUGUAUGCAAACCCUCGGAAAUUGGCACCUCUUGCUGUCAGAUAUCGUGCUUCGGAUCUUGAGGUUACUCUCAGAGUGAUGGUUCGACAGCACUGCAAACAGCACGAACGAGCUUCGUGCGAUUAUGACGAACAUUUCAAGUGGCGCUCAACAGGGCUGGAUAUAUAUGUAGGUCACGGAGACGGCUCGGACGAUUCGGAUGACCCAGAAAUACGGCGAGGUCGUCCCCCCAAGGAGGCUAAGAUCCUUGCUCAUGAGCUUCAAACCCCAGAAUAUCAGCUUUGUCAAACGAUAUGCCUGACAACGCUCUACUCAGGCCAACAGCACGAGACAUCUCUCUUGCGCACGUACAAUCAUCACUACAACCCUGACACGCUUCCGCCAUGGGUUCCCAUUUACAACAAAGAUCCUCCUGACUUGCGCACAUGGCAGACCGGUCGAGCAACUACUGCCGCACCCCUAUUUUUCAAGCCGCUGGAAGUAAUGGGCCCUAAUGGUAGCCUAACCCUCAAAGAUGGCGGCAUACUUGAGAACAACCCCAGCUUUUGUGCUUAUUCUGAAGCCGCCUCGCUUUGGGGCGACGACAGUGAGCCCGCCGUUCUGUUAUCCAUUGGUGCUGGUCAAACCAGUUCAACCUCCGACGACACGUCUCUCGCGGCGAUUAUUCCGUUCGGUCUAUCUACCCUGAGAAGAUACGCGAAAAGAACAGCCGUGCUCAAAAACACUCUCAUCAAAUACACGGAAGGCCAAAACCGGCACAAAGUGAUGCGAACUAUCGCUAAGGGUGAACGUGGUUGGUACAAACGCCUCGAAGUCACCCAGGGCCUAGAAAAGAUGAGAACUGAUGAAUGGGAACCCGCGAAACUUAUCGGGAAAGCCCCAAAUGGAACCCUCUACCACACCCUGUGCCCGACGCUGGAUACGAUAGGCACUGCUACCAAGGUAUAUCUGCUACGCCAAGAGCCUGAUAAGAGUGUUAACGAAUAUGCCGCCCCGCGUGAGAUGCUGAAGCAGACCGCGGAAAAGUUGGUCCGCAUGCGGAGAGCGCGAGAGCUCGAGGCCAUGACUCAGGGUGGGGAAAAGCGCGAGCAGUGGGAAGCGUUCAUGGGCAAGCACCUUAUUGGUGAGCGGGAUUUUUUUCCGAAGUACCAAGAGGAGUGGGACUACGCCCUGCUAGGUCGUAAGCAUUAG